UGAGAAGGCGAGAAAGAGAGGAUCCGCCCGGUGGUGACUAAAGACGUUUCAGCCGCAUGGUUAUUUAGCGCUGGCUUGCCGAUGGGGCGGAGCUGAGGGACCAAAGGAGAAAAAUGGCGACUCUCGUGUUAGAUAACGGCGCCUACAAUGCCAAGAUCGGAUACAGUCACGCUCAUGUCAGUGUUAUUCCGAACUGUCAGUUUAGAUCAAAGACUGCUCGUCUGAAAACAUUUACAGCUAACCAACUGGAUGAAAUUAAAGAUCCAUCUGGACUUUUUUAUAUACUCCCGUUCCAGAAGGGCUACUUGGUAAACUGGGAUGUUCAAAGACAAGUGUGGGACUAUCUUUAUGGAAAAGAAAUGUAUCAGGUAGAUUUUGUAGAUACCAAUAUCAUCAUCACAGAACCUUAUUUCAACUUCAGCUCAAUACAAGAGUCCAUGAACGAAAUAUUGUUUGAAGAAUACCAAUUCCAAGCAGUUCUCAGAGUAAAUGCUGGGGCUCUCAGUGCCCAUAGAUACUUCCGGGAUAACCCAUCAGAACUGUGUUGCAUCAUUGUAGACAGUGGGUAUUCUUUUACACACAUUGUACCUUACUGCAGGAGUAAAAAGAAGAAGGAGGCCAUUAUAAGGAUUAACGUGGGAGGAAAGCUCUUAACCAAUCAUCUAAAGGAGAUAAUCUCUUACAGGCAACUCCAUGUUAUGGAUGAAACCCAUGUGAUUAACCAAGUGAAAGAAGAUGUAUGUUAUGUUUCCCAAGACUUUUUCAAGGAUAUGGAGACUGCCAAAUUGAAGGGGGAAGAAAAUACAGUAAUGUUGGACUAUGUUUUACCAGACUUCAGCACAAUAAAAAAAGGGUUUUGUAAGCCAAGGGAAGAAAUGGUGUUAAGUGGAAAAUACAAAACUGGUGAACAAAUACUUCGUCUUACAAAUGAGCGAUUUGCUGUUCCAGAGAUACUCUUCCAUCCUUCAGAUAUUGGUAUUCAAGAAAUGGGAAUUCCUGAAGCCAUUGUUUAUUCAAUUCAGAACUUGCCGGAAGAAAUGCAACCACAUUUCUUUAAGAAUAUUGUUUUAACUGGUGGAAAUACACAUCUCCCCGGCUUCAGGGAUCGUGUUUACUCUGAGGUCCGAUGCCUCACUCCCACUGACUACGAUGUUUCUGUUGUUCUGCCAGAGAACCCUAUUACUUAUUCCUGGGAAGGUGGAAAGCUGAUUUCUGAAAAUGACGAUUUUGAAGAUAUGGUAGUAACCAGAGAAGACUAUGAAGAAAAUGGACAUAGCAUAUGUGAAGAGAAAUUUGAUAUUUAAAUGGUUCACAAGAUAUGGACAUUAUAUUGUAUAUGUUAAAGUUUUCUUAGAUUGGAACCCUGAUGUAGUUUUUUUUUAAAGAAUGAAACUGUACGGUCAAUUAAUAUAUAUGUAAGGUUUUACUCAUUUUUAUAUACAUGUAGCUUGUUGGGUUUUUUCCUUCAUAUUCUUUGCCACUCAAAUGCUGGUAGAAACUGAAAUCUGGAUGCAAAUGGCUGAACUGAAAAUAUAUCCAUAAAAGUACAUUUCUUCAAUUAAAAAUAUGCUAUAUUAUUUAGUAGGAAAUGAAAUAAAACAUUUGAAUCCAAUGUU